UGCAGCGCCAUUCGUAUAGUAUAUUUAGUAUAGUGAGCAUACAAGUCGUAUAACGUGCAUGUUAACGCACGCGUGGGUACCAUAAGUUUCGGUGCAACUGUUUAACGCUUCAUAGUUCAGUUCAGCUAAGAAGUUGGUAACUUGGUUGUGCAGUGCAAUUCUGAACAUAAGAGAGGGAGUUAAAAGCGGAGGAGUCAAGUGUUACGUACGAAGUCGCAGCAGCGGCAGUAUAACGAGAGGUGUGUUACAAUUCAAACAUUCGAAAAUUUAGAAGCGUGCAUCAGUCCAUGAAGUUUCUUCAACAAUAAAAUUCACUUGCAAAAUAUACAUCGCAGGAAUUCCUUUCAAGUGAGAGUUGUAAUUGAUAAUCAAUAAAAUGGCGGAAGCUCAUGCAGCUGUAGCAUUUAGUUUCUCUAUUACUCAUGAAGGAUGGGAUGUAAAUUUUGAUAAAGAAGUUCUACAUUUAGUAUGGCAAUCGGGUGUUCGUUCUUGGAAAAAAAGACUGUUCAAAUUUCUUAACAACUUGAAGAGUGGUGUAUAUCCUGCAUCCUUGCAAAGCUUAUGGUUUACUGUAAUUUUGGUAACUACAAUACAUUUCUUGGGUUACAGGGUACCUUAUGACCUUGUUGGGAAAACUGUACCCUAUCUUUCAGGGUCUUCAAUACUGACACAUUUGGCAGGAUCAUUUGCUGUUGGACUUCUUUUAUGGUUGGUAAUGAUAUAUGUGAUGAGGUACACUUUAAAAUUAUUACUUAUGUACAAAGGAUGGAUGUACGAAUCAAGAGAAAAAGGAACAAAACUUUCAAAUUUCACUAGAGCAUGGACCUCAUUAGUCAAAUUAUUCAUUUCAUGGCACAAGCCAAUGUUGUAUAGUUUUCAAGGAUCUCUACCGCGACUACCAUUACCAUCAGUAGAAGAUACUAUGAAACGGUAUCUUCGAAGCGUGCGACCUUUAUUGGAUGAUGAAAAUUAUGCUCGAAUGGAGACAUUGGCUAAAGAAUUUCAAAAAGGCAUUGGCGUGAAACUUCAACGUUAUCUAAUUCUGAAGUCCUGGUGGGCUACUAAUUACGUUUCUGAUUGGUGGGAAGAAUAUGUUUAUCUACGAGGACGAUCUCCCAUUAUGGUGAAUUCAAACUUCUAUGGCAUUGAUGCUAUUCUUAUGCAUCCUACUAGUGUACAAGCUGCUCGUGCUGCAGGCGUUAUUUAUUCAUGUUUACAAUACAGACGUCUUAUUGAACGGCAAGAAUUGGAACCGAUAUUAAUUCAAGGUUUAGUGCCUUUAUGUUCAUGGCAGUAUGAAAGAUUAUUUAAUACUACGCGACUACCGGGACGUGAAACAGACAAACUUGUUCAUUACCAGGAUUCAAAGCACAUUGUAGUAUAUCAUAAGGGCAGAUACUUCAAAGUUCCUAUUUAUCAUAAAAAUCGAAUUCUUCAAGCUUGUGAAAUCGAAAUUCAGAUGCAGCAAAUUUUAGAUGAUCAGUCUGAACCAUUAGUAGGCGAAGAAAAAUUGGCUGCAUUAACUGCUGGUGAAAGAACAACUUGGGCGCAAGCUAGAGAAGAAUAUUUUGGGAAAGGAGUAAAUAAAAUGUCCUUAGAUCUCAUCGAGAAAGCAGCAUUUGUAGUAGUUUUGGAUGAUGUACCGUAUAUAUAUGAUCCAGCAAAUCCAGACAAAUUGGAUCAAUAUGGACGGAUUCUACUACACGGUAAAGGAUAUGAUAGAUGGUUCGAUAAGUCUUUUACUUUAUGCAUCGGUACGAAUGGCAGAACUGGUUUCAAUGCUGAACAUUCUUGGGCAGAUGCAGCAGUGAUGUCACAUUUGUGGGAGUACGUCAUGUCUCAGGAUCUCAACAAACAAUAUACAGAAGAUGGGCAUAACAAAGGUAAACCAGAAUUUAUACCUCCAUCGCCGACGCGACUUCAGUGGGACUUAACUCCAAACUGCAUAAAUGUUAUCGAAGAGUCAUGUCAGGUUGCCCAAAAUUUAUUAAGUGAUGUUGAGCUACGUAUUUAUGUGCAUGAUGCAUAUGGCAAAGGAUUUAUGAAAGUUAACUCAAUGUCACCUGAUGCAUACAUACAAAUGGCACUUCAAUUGGCAUAUUUCCGUGAUUCUAAUAAAUUUAAUUUAACUUAUGAAGCUUCCAUGACUAGAUUAUUCCGUGAAGGAAGAACGGAAACCGUGAGGCCAUGUACAAUUGAAUCUACUGAAUGGGUGAAAACAAUGCACGAUGAAGAUGCAACAGUAGAACAAAAGUACAAAUUAUUGAUGGCUGCAGCAAAGCAACAUCAAAAAGGUUAUCAAGAUGCUAUGUCUGGUAAAGGAAUAGAUAGACAUCUAUUUUGUUUAUAUGUAGUAUCGAAAUAUUUAGAAGUGGAUUCACCUUUCUUGAAGGAGGUUUUAAGUGAACCAUGGAAAUUAUCCACUUCGCAGACACCACAUGGUCAAACGUCACUAAUAGAUUUGAAGAAGAAUCCAAAUUGUAUUUCUGCAGGCGGUGGUUUUGGUCCUGUGGCUGAUGAUGGUUAUGGUGUAUCCUACAUCAUUGCUGGAGAAAAUCUUAUAUUCUUUCAUAUCUCUUGCAAACUUAGCUCCCCACAAACUAAUGCUGCACGGUUUGCAAAACAAAUAGAAAGAGCACUAGCUGAUAUAAAGAACUUAUUCAUUGAAAGACAGAAGUUGCAACAAGCUAAAAAGAAUGGAUCUGUGUAAUUACUGUACAAGAAGGAACAGAACAAACAUUAUCAAAAACUAAUGACAUUAGAUACUUUACCUGAAAGUAAACAAUAGUCUAUUCUAUUUAUAUAAUUACAGAAAUCAUAUCAUUUAAAUAUUGGCCUUUGAAAAGUUUCAAACUGGACACUACGAUGAGCAAACUAAAAAAUCUGCUACAAUUUUUUAUCAGACAAGCAAUUUUUCAACAUAAAUUUAUUUGCAGUAUUUAUGUAAUUUUAUAAAGUAAACAAGUUUAUCUCAUAUCUUUUGAUAUUGUAAACUUUAUGAAUAUACACAUCUUAGUUAUUCUGAUUUUCAAAUAAGUCAGUUAUAACGCUAAAAAAUGUUUGACAAUUAGAGAAAUUGGUAACAAAAUAGCACCUAAAUUUGGAUACUCUAGCUCUGAGGUAUUUUAUUCAAUAAUUAGUUUAUUCUACUGUUAAAAAGUUAUUAGGAAUCAAAUUUUUCAUCAUUCUUUAAUCAUAUCAUAUUUUAAAACAAUCAACACCAAUAUAUUUCUAAAACUUAGAACAUAAGCAGUAAAAUGUUUUAUGUUACAGAAAAGAAUUAUAACUUCAGUAUGGUAUCAAGUGCAUAUUUAUCAUUCAUCUUUUUUAUUCAUUAGAACGUGAAAUCAUUUAACAAUCAAUACUUGAGUAAAGUAUUCAACAUCUUGUUAUAAAAUCUAAUAUUUUAGAUAAUACUACUUUAAUAACAUUAAACACUAUACUUUCAAAAUGAUUGGUAAUCAUAUAUUAUGAUUGAAAAUCAAAUAUAAUACUUUGCACAAGGUAGUAUUAUGAAAUACUAUAAAAAUAUGAAAUGAACCUUGUCUGAAUCUCAGAAAAGUCAAUUAUCAAUGAAUGUUUUUAUUCAAAUUCAUGGGAAGUUUUGUAUAAGUUAUUAAUGAGUUUACAAAUUUUGUAUGUUAAUGACGCGUCAUUUUAUAAUGCAACGUGAUUAUGUUAGUAAUUAGUAUAAAAUUAUGUCCAAUAAUAUGCCAUAACUCAAUAUCUGCAACCUAUCAAUGCAAAGUUUUAAUGUUAUAGUUAGUUUUAUACGUGUAAUGUAUUACUUCUUUAUAUUACUUCUUUAUUAAAAUUAUAUUUCCAGGUACUGGUGCUUUCACACUUUUAUUAAUGAUAUUUUACAAUUUUAAGACUUAUAUAUUUAUCUAUUCGACAAUAAGAAAAAGAAACAGUGAGAUAAAUAUAUAUUAUAUGACUAUAUAAAAAUGGUAAACAAUUUGAACAAUUUGAUAUAUUUUUUUUAAUGAAACAAGUAGUUUGUGUGUUUAAUAAAAGUUACGAUAACCUUUCGGAUCUGCAAAAUUAGGAAUUUCCAA